CGGCCCGAAACCUCAUCACGCUGUCUCGUUACCGUCACCCACCUCCCGUGUUCCCAGGUUUCCCUCUGUACGCAGAGACCGACUGUAUUCGCCGGGGAUAAUGGCUGAGUCCAGCAGUGAUGAAUGGUUGUACCGCUCUCUGCGGAAAGUGGCGGGGACAGCGGCCCAUCUCCUCAGCCUGGGUUUCCCCAUUGUCAUCGCGCUGGUCUCGAGGCCCGGCAGCAGUUUAUUUUCUUGGCAUCCAUUCCUGAUGGCUCUUGCUUUUUCCUUCAUUAUGACUCAAGCCAUUCUGCUGUUCUCUCCAGAGACUUCUCUUAUUCUGUCCUACUCAAGGAAAAUCAAAGUCCGAGCCCACUGGCUGUUGCAAGGAAUGGCCACAUUGUGCGCUGUUCUAGGUUUGACCAUUAUUAGCUUUAACAAAUAUCUGAAUGACAAACCACAUUUUACCAGCUGGCAUGGUCUGGUGGGUCUGAUAACCGUCCUUUAUAUUUGCAUGCAGUGCAUCGGUGGGGUGUCACUUCUGUAUCCCAAACUAAUGAAAAACUGGUCCCUGUCCAAAAUGAAAGUCUAUCAUGCUACUUCCGGAUUGGUUGGCUAUCUGCUGGGCUGCACCAGUCUACUGCUGGGCAUGUGUUCAACAUGGUUCACUGAGACAGUGACUGGUUUUAACUGGUACCUUGCAAUCUGCUUCCCUGUCCUGUUGGCAUUGGUCCUUAUGAAUCAGAUGUCUAAUGCCUACCUGAAGAAAAAGAGGAUGCAGCCUUGACAAAAUCUUCAGUCCCAUCUACCGGUGCUCAGCAAUGACCUGGAUUUAUGCCUGUCUGAAAGGUUACUACAGUCGAACAGAUAAGAAAACAACUUGAGUCAUUACUCAAAGAUCCACUCAUCAAUGCAGGUGAUUGAUGCCGAAGUGUGGUCAGAUCAGUGCAAAACCUGGACUUUAAGAUUGGACUCCAGCUCAUAGACUUUGCUAAUUCAUACUGGAAGCUUGGAAAGCAAAUCUCAACAUUGAAGAGACUGUGUUUCCUAGCCUGCUGAAUUAACAUUAUUUGCUACAUUUUAAGAGUCUAUGUUUCACCUACAAUGAAACGUCCCUAUGUGUUCUCCCUUUGCUAGUCAGCAAAGCUGUAAGUAGUGCUGCAUUUUGGUUGUAGUGGAGUGAUAUUCCUUUUGCUUACUGAUUAAAGUUCAAGGAAAUAUUUGUCAAAAUAGAAACAAAUUUGUACUUGUCGGCUACAUCCAAAAUGAAGCUGUUCAAAUCAAAAUUUCCAUUGCCUGAAAUUGUUUGAAACCCAUCACUUUUAACCCUUCAGUUGUUUGUGUCCUCAUUUCACAUAUGAUGGUUUGUUUUUGUCCCAACUUAUCCCAACCUUCCUUAAUCCCCUCUGUAGAAUUUUACAGUGCAAGGGAUGGCAAACUUCAGUCCUUUUAAUUAUAAGUUGUUUGUUUAUUGAUGUAGAUGCAAUUUUAAUUGUACUGUUUUCUUGUCAACCUGCACAUUCCAAAGCAAUUAUUUUGUAAAUAUUUAAUUCUGGUUUUUUGUGCGUAUGUAUAUGUGUGUCCCUGCAGUAUUAUGUGAAUACUUUACCUCAUCUGCCACAUAUUGAGAGAUUUCUUUAUUACUGAUUGGACAGUGUUUGUUUGUAUUGAGGAGGUUAGCUUGUGCAGCAUCUAUGUGAUCAAAACCUUUUCUCUGUUAACACUACCUAAAGACCACUCAACGGGGUGAGCUUCAAUGUGCACGGGCCUAACAGACAGGUUCUGAGUUGCCAACUGCACUCGAUAUUAAAUUUUAUUAAAGUCAAUUACCAGAAAAUCUGGUAAAGUGUAUAACAGACUGGUGUCCUGACCAGUUUCACUCCCAAAGAUAUUGUCCUGGUUGCAAAUUAGAUCUUAGGCCCUGAAAAAUGAACUUGAACUUGAACUUCAACAGUCAACUUAAAAAUCUCUUUAUGGUGAGAGAACCCCUGGCAGACUGUACUGUGGUCCUAUGUACAGACAAGUAUCCUUGUUGACUUUGAGCCAUAAGUAGAACCACACAAGCAGACCUGAGAUUUUCCUGCAAGGGAUUUGGCUAUGGAUGCAGAAAGCUCUCUUGUACAGUAUUGAUACCUGGUCUAUCCUUGUUACUUUUGUCUGACUGAAGCAACCAGAGGCUGGUUGCGAUCUUAGAGUUAAGAGACCAAAGGGUUUGGUAGACAUAGACUAUUAAUUUAAACAAAGGAUGAUGUGACAUUGAAAUGAAACUGAAAGGGAAAAUUUUUAUCGAACUACAGACUUGAACUGAAAAUACCUACAGGGACUGAAGAGAAUUACUGUGGGCAGACUGAUGAUGAAAAAUGUUGGAUUUCUCAGACUUAUUCUUAGGGUCGGUGCUGCCAUACUUGGAUUAUGAAGGAUAGUCCUAUAGUUGAAACAAAGCAGCAAAUUAAUUGAAUUCCAACAACAUUCAAGCACCAUGUGCCUUUUCAAUUACCCUGAAUAAGCACACAAAGCUCUUUGUUCAUGGUCACAGUUUCUAAAGGUAAUAUUGUAGCACAAAAGCUUUAAUAUUGAGGUGUCUGAGAUGUGCCCUGUUAUUUGUAUCGCACUUAUUGAUAGUGCUAGAAGCCUGACAGAUUUAGAUCUGUCUGCUUGACUAAGCUUUUAUUCCUGAUUAAUGUGUAUCUGAAUUUGAUUGGUUUACUGAAGCUGUACUGGGCUGUUCAGUCAGUGCUUUCCAGCUAUGUGUAAACAAAAUAAAUGAUCACCAUUCACAU